AUGUGCGAGCAAGCAUCCGAUACCAGUCUUUCUCACGCCCAUUUCGAACUUAUCACCACUACUGUCAUAAAUCGUGAACCUGAACUAUCGGACUUCUUGUGGUUUGUGGUGAACUCGAUGACCCACAGCCACUACCACAUGUCCAAUGUCGAAACAACUCUUGACCGUGAGGCCGACGAUGGUGAAUUGACCAAUGAUGUUGAAUGCGAAGAUUCAGUUGAAGGAAUAUGGGAUCCCAUCUCGGAUGAUGAGGGUGAAGAUGAAAAUGCGGGAAAGCGUUGUGCAAACAGUUUUUCACUGGAUUAUAUGAUCAAGAGGAUCAAAUUUUAG